CCCAAUGAAACAUCAAAAGAAUUUUCUCAAAUAGUUACAGUGAAGGAAAAUAGCCCAUCUCACUACAUUGAAUCAUUAUCAGUUGCAGGAGUCAAAGAUAAGGAGAAAAUUGGAGAUUUAAAUCAUAACAAUAAAGUUACCAAUGAUAAAACAUUAUCAAAUGAAUCAGAGGAGAUUGACAAAAUAACUUCAAAUGCAGGUGACGAUAAAUCAUUGUUCAUUUUUGGACAGAAAAGUUCACAUGUAGAAGAACUGCAAGAAUGUUCUGAGAAAGACACUGUUAAUGAAGCAGUAGUUCCAGAACUAACCGAGGAACGUGUAACGUGUGCAGUAUCUACUAGUUUAGAUGAUAAUGCACCCACAGUAGAGUCGCCUGUAGAUAAUGACAGUACUAACCAAGUAUGUGAUACAGUAACAUCUAACCUAUCAAUCCCUCACCUUCCUUUAGUAAAAAGCCUUAGUGCAUCAGGCCUGGUUGAGCCCUGCCAUAGUAGUGUCCCCCCAAGCAGGACAGUACCUGAAGAGACAGCAGCUGGCUUGCCCCCGGCCAGUGUCAAGGUCUCGCAGUCUCCUGUCAAGCUCAGCACUACGCCAGGCAUCCACCGCCGUUCUUCAGAUUCCGAUCUCAGCAUUACUCCCAAAGGUAACAGUUUGACGAGCAGUGGUGACCGGUCAUCUGUAACCGGCAGUGGCAGAGCCUUCCAGACCAUUUGUCCAAAACUGGCACUGAAGAAAGAGCCGAUAGAGCCGAUGGAGUUCCCGUUCUUGACAAUGAACAAGUUUCCUCCAGGAUUUGUUGUUAGUAUAGCAUCUACAGUAGUGGCUACAUCUGUAAAGUUAUCGGAGCGUAUCAGUAAUCUUGAGGAGCCAGAGAGCAGAGAUGCUUGGUGGAUGGAACUGCGCAAGGAAAUUCGUAACCACAUGCGAGCAUUGUCUUGCAAUGCAGUUAUUGGCUACUCAGAAAAUUCCACUAUAUGUGAUGAUGUCUGUGUCCUGAGUGCUACUGGAACUGCAGCAAUUGUAAACGUGCGACCUCUAGUGAAUCCUCCGACUAGUGACACACCCGAGCCUCCCGUCUCAGCUACCAUCCCCCUGCCUGCAACUAAACAGCUCUCCAACAUGGCCUCCUCACUGGACCGCACUGAGUUUGAGGUCCCACCACUUAAACCUGAUAGUGGUGGAGGAAAGAGCAGACUACCCUCGGACAGUACAGAGCAGCCUGAGUCAGCCAGUCCUGGGUGCUCUCUUCUCCAUCUCCCCUUCAAGCACGCUUCUCUACCCUUUCCAAUUACUACUAUCAAAUGUGGCAUUUGCAAAAAGCAGCAAGUACCAGAUCUGAUGCUAGCUACCAUAGAGCCACCGGAGGGGAUGUCUGUUAUCGGCCGCUCUGGUCUCGUCCAUGCAUUUGUCUUACGGCAGAAACAGCAUGUUCGUGGGGAGAUGAAUGCUUGUACUGUCAGUGAUCAUUUGCCAUUCAUUCAGUUUGAUGUUUACAAGCAACUGGUCAACAAGCUCAGAGUUAAUGGCAUGAAUGCUGUGUUUGGUCUUAAGAUUCAAAUUUGCCUGGGAGAGAAGGUGAUGGCAGCAGUAGCGUCAGGCACAGGUAUGUGUCUGGAGGCUCUACCCCUACCUCCCACCCCUAACAUCAAACAUGGCGGCUAUGAGAGCAAAGACUACACUGCAGUUAUGAAGGCGCUACAGGAAAAUGUCAAGAGGAACAGAGAAUUUUACCAAGUAAAUCAAACAAAGGCUACUGGGACUGCCUUAGAAGUGGAAAAGAAUACUGGAGGUGAGGCUUCAGACACAGAAGAUUCGGAUAAUGAAAAGCCAGAUUUAGACCUCAAUGCUGGCAACAAAGAUGUAGGAUUAAUUGUGGUUGAUGAUGAGCAAGACAUUGAAGAAGUCAAUCAGCUCCUAGACUCUCACCCACCUGAAGGAUUCUUUGUGACAGCCACAGAGAGUCUGCCAGGCCUGGACGAUCUGGAGGUGGUGAGGAACCUGCAGAUGUUCACUCAGAUACUUAGGAUGAGGAAUAACAGUCCCAGCAAUCAGCCUCCCCCGCCUAUUCACAACGAUUUUGACAAGAUUUUACAGGGAGUUUACUACAAAAUGAGGCGAAUGACUCCUUGUGCUCUUGGAAACUUCAAAAUACGCUUUGCGUUACCUGAGUCAGAUGAUAUUCAAAUAUGUAUUGUUGGGAUGGCUCUGGGAUUAAACGACAAAGUAAGAAAAUCUGUGCGAAGAAGAACUGUAGGAGCUGCUAGUAAACCUGAGUCUGCAAAAAAGUCAGAUGAUGGGGAUUUGAUCUUUUCUCUUGAAGAAGAUCAAGAGUCCAGCAGUGCUCAUACAUCAAAAAGUGUAAAACCAAGAUCUCCUGCUAGAGUCAAACGCCAGUCUACUCAUAUGCCACCCACGGAUCGGUAUGGAGUGGACAUUACUCCCUUGUCCUAUAUUCCUGGUGGCCGAAUCGAAAGGUACUUGGGAAAUCUCAACUUUUUCUUUGUGAGAGAAACAUCAGGUAUAAGGGAGAGUGGAGGUCCAAGUGGGUUUGUUCACAGUUUUGUUGCCGAAGUGUUGGCCAUACUUAGAGCACAUGUUACUGCGCUUGGAGGCAAUGCUUUAGCUGCUUUCUUCCUCAAUGAGUGUGUAAUUCUUAGCAACCCUCAGAAAAACCAUGGCCAAUGCCUGAUAAAUGUGGGUGGCGACGUGGUGUUGGUGUCUUAUAUCGUCUGACCUCAUCUUCCUCUCCGUCAUUUCCCCUUCUUCUCUUGCAGUUAGCGAGGCAAACAAACUGUGGUUUGGAAUUGAAUUAGUUCCUCCAAAAAGCAGUCCAUUAAAGUACAAUUAUUAUAGACUGAAUAAUAUUGAUUUAUUUAUUUUUAAUAACAUUUUACUAUUUUAGUACUGUCCUGUCCACUUUUUGUGUAUAUUUGAUCUGUACAUAAUUUUUAUUCAUUCGUUUUAACAUUUUUUACGUAGUAAUAGUGCUGUGGUAAUAACAUAAUACGUUUAAAUAAGGUGGAAAACAUUAAUAUAAACAUAAUACUCUUAUCCUCUGUUUGUGAAUAGUUCAAUAUUAUUGUACCUGUGUUGAUAAAAUUGUAUAUAUUUUAAGCAUAAUUCGUAUCUGUUAAUGUGUAUAGUUCUGCAAUUUGGACAUUUUCCCAGUAUUAGGUGAGUUACAGUACACCUGCUGAAAAGCUUCUGGAUUGAUUGGAUUUUUGCUGGUAGCCUCUUGUUAUUUGAUCCCACAAUUUUGCUUUCUUGGUGGUCCUCUUAGUUUAUGCAGCAUUGAUAUAAUCUAAUUCUGUAAAAAUCUCAACUAAGGUAAUCCAACUUGGAUAUUUUUUUUCAACAAUAUUGUUGCCUAUUAUGACUUUAACUGGAGUAUAGGAGCAGGAGUGUCAGCAUCUGCAACAUUCAUAAUAGUGAUCUGACACUAUUUAUUUACAACGAUUUCUGCGUUCAUGGAAAAAGAUACCAUGUAUUUGAAUUUUUAGUUGGUGGCACUGGAGGUUGAUAUCAGUGACAAAAUUGCAGGACUCUACAAUCAACAUAAUUUGUAGUUCAGCAAAAUAAUACUUGUACCUUGUAUGUUAAAGCUUCAUUUGGAGUAUUUGAUAUAAAAUAUUGUAAGUACCUAAUACUAACAAAGUAGAAUAAGAUAACCAAAAAUAAUACUAUGUCUAGUUAAGACUGCUUAUGUUGUUCACUCAUUGUUACAUAAAUUGGACAAUGGUGCUAACAGCUGUAUAUCUCAACCUUGCUCACAAACACUUUCGACUCCUGAAGUACUUAAGGCAUGCCGUCCGAUCAAAGGCUGGAUUAUUGGAGUUUAUUGUUUUGGUGCUUAACUGCAUUGGUUGCUGUGUGUUGCGUUGUACCUUAAUUUAGUUUUGUCAAAAGUUCAAUAAACAAAAAGCAUGUUUGUGCAUUCAGCAUAUAAA